GAUCACGCGUUGAUCACGAAUCAACCACUGUUUACGAUUACUUUGUAGCUUCGUUAGAUACACUUUAGGUCCUAUCAGUGAAUAUAUUUUACAACAAUGGAUACAGAAGAGGAUACCAACGCCAACGGGAAAACUUGUGAAAUGUUAAGUUUUGUUAGUAUUAUUGAAAAAUUUCCCGUACUUGUGGAAAAGUCUAACAUACUCGAGAUUAAAAAAAGGCGAGUACAAUCGAGGAGAUAAAAGGUAGACUAGCAGAUCAAUUGGGAAUAGAAAUGAGUGAAGCACAGAUAUGGAAAAAGUUAAACAAUCUGAAGGCUAUAAUAAAAAGAAAGACUGAUAAAAAUGAAACAGGAAAUAAAAAGAUCCAACUAAGAGGAUGGGAAGCUAAAUUCUUUACAUAUAUGGAAGGAGAGAUAAAUCCUUCAAUUGGGAGAGUAAAAGGAACAAUUUCUGCUGGUGUAGGAGCGCCUAGGACGGAGACCGAAUAA